AUGGAACAAGUUCAAGCGUAUUCAUCAAAAGCUGAAGACCUUCUUGAGACAAUUUCUCAGCCUCUGAAACCUCAUGUUCCAUCAAUUGCUCGUUUUCUAAUUGUAGUAACGUUUUUAGAAGACGCGUUAAGAAUUGUGCUUCAGUGGUUCGAUCAAUUAUAUUAUCUUGAAAAAGUCAGAGGCAUGCCAUGGGGAAUAACACAUAUAUUUUUAGCUGCUAAUGUCAUUAUGAUGUUUGUUGGUUCAUUCAUGGUUGUUAAAAGAAAGUAUACUGAAUAUGCAGUUGGAGGGCUAUUUUUAGUUGUUGUCGCCCAAUCCAUUGGUUAUGGUCUUUGGAGUGAAGCUAAUUUCUUAUUAAGGAGUCUUUCAGUUAUUGGAGGAUUGUUAAUGGUUCUUUCUGAUGCAUUCUCUAAAAAGAAAUCAGUUUUUGCUGAUUUACCACAAUUAUCUGAAAGAGAUCGUAAAACAUAUUUUCAACUUGCAGGUCGCGUAUUAUUAAUUUUUCUAUUUAUAGGAUUUAUUUUUCACGGAGAAUGGUCACUUGCUCGUGCUGUUAUAUCAGUUAUUGGGUUUGUUGCUUGUAUAAUGGUUGUAGUUGGUUUUAAGGCUAAAUGGUCCGCUACUUUCUUGGUUCUUUUCCUUUCUAUUUUUAAUUUAAUUAUUAAUAAUUUUUGGUCUGUUCAUCAUGCAAAUCCACAAAGAGAUUUCUUGAAAUACGAUUUCUUUCAAACUCUUAGUAUUAUGGGCGGUUUAUUGUUAUUAGUAAAUAUGGGCCCAGGAGGAAUUUCUAUUGAUGAGAAAAAGAAAGCUUUUUAA